AUGGUGCCUCACCCCUCUUUAUCGGGCAAAUCUCCUUUGGCAAUUAUCUCCGGUUUCUUUGGAGAUCCUAUCAUUCUCUAUAUCACAAGGAUUGAAGUGAUGGAUGUGUUUCUAAGUGAUUUCGAUAGCUACAGUGAAAGCAGUAGCUCUGAUGAUCAAGAAGACGAUGAGUUCAUGUACAGCGGACAAGCAAGCUGUAUCCUCUCAAAUCUUCAAGAAACCAUUGGAAAAAUCGAUGAUUUCUUGUUGUUCGAAAGAAGAUACGUUCAUGGUGACAUCGUUUGCUUGAUGAAAGAUCACUCACAAAUGGGAAAAGUAACAAACUUUGAGAUGCUUGUAGACUUGGAGAAUCUUAACGAGAAGAAACUAGAAGACAUCAACUCCAACGAGCUUCAAAGAAUCCGUUCAAUCUCAAUGGGCGAUUUCGUAAUUUCCGGUCCAUGGGUCGGUAAAGCUGACCAGAUAACCGAUUCGGUAACCGUCCUGUUCGAUGACGGGUCAAAAUGUGAAUUUACAAUAACGGACACGGAUAAUCUAAUACCGAUCUCUCCCGAUUUAGUCGAUGAUUCACAAUACCCGUAUUACCCGGGUCAACGAGUCAAACUCGUGAAUUCGACCCGGUCAAACUCGACUCAGUGGUUUUGCGGGUCGCGAACCGAAACCCACAACGAAGGGACCGUGUGUAAUGUGGAUACGGGUUCGGUCCACGUGACAUGGCUCGGGUGCGCGUUAUUUGGUUCAGAGGGUGGUGCACCGGUGCCACCAUCUCUUCAGAGCAAAACAGACUUAACCCUAAUUUCGUGUUUCUUGAAUUGGCAACUCGGUGAUUGGUGUGUUCUACCAAAAAUUUCCCACUCGGGUUUUCAAGAAAUCUUUGUGAUUGCGAAAACAAAAUGUAGAAUUGAUGUGUUAUGGCAAGAUGGGAGUGAAUCGUUUGGGUUGGAUUCGAGUUGUUUAAACCCUGUUAACACACUCGAUGCUCAUGAUUUUUGGCCUCAUCAGUUUGUUCUUGAGAAAGGGACUUCAGAUGAUCAGGAAAAUAGGAAGUCGGGGGUUGUGAAAGCGGUGGACGCGAAGGAAAAGACAGUGAGGGUAGAAUGGGAAUUGGAAAAUGAAGAGAAGAAUGUGGAAGACAUUGUGAGUGCGUAUGAACUGAUUGAUCACCCUGACUAUUCGUUUAGUCAGGGUGAUCUUGUAUUUAGGAUUCAUAAAGGACAGAAAUUUGAGAAAGAUUCUUACAAUUCCUACUUAGAUCAUAUCGGGAUUGUUAUUGGCUUGAAAAAUGGCAUUGUUGAAGUUAAAUGGGCUACGGGUUUCACAUCUAAGGUUGGGCCUCAUGAGAUCUUUCGAGUGGAAAAGUCUGAAGGCGUAUCAGCUACACCACUACUUAACAAUGGAAAUAUGGAAGAGAAAUCCGAGCAUGAUAAUACCCGUUCAUCCGACCCCACCGAAAAGGAUUUAUUGGAUUCAGAUGAUGAUGAUGAGAAAGAUUGCUUAAAGAUGUUGUAUGAUUCCACUACUUUUAGUGUCCCACGAGCUGCAAUCGGGUUCUUAUCCAAUGUGGCUACACGGUUUUUCAGUUCUCAGAACUACACAACGUUGUAUGUUAGUUCAGACCAUGUAUCUGAUUCUAACAAGGAAGAUGAUCAGACAUUUGUGGAGACAAAGUUUGAAGAAUCCGAGGAGUCCAAGGUUGUUUUGGAUUUAUCGAGUAGGGAGAAUGUGAAAGAAAUUAGGCAAUUUGACAUGGUGAAUGACUGCUCAAACCACCACUUCGUGGAUAGUCACGAAAAGAGCUCCAUAUCAACUCAGGUGAAAAAAAGUUGGCUAAAGAAAGUUAAUCAAGAAUGGAACAUUUUGACAAACGAUCUUCCGGAAACAAUAUAUGUUCGUGUCUUUGAAGAAAGAAUGGAUCUAUUACAAGCUGCAAUUGUGGGAGCAUCUGGAACUCCUUAUGAAAAUGGUCUUUUCUUCUUUGACAUUUUCCUCCCCCCUGAAUACCCUCAGGAGCCCCCGAUGGUGCAUUAUAACUCUGGUGGGCUUCGGGUGGGAAGUCCUGAGGGUGAAAAGAAUUCGUGUAGCUAUAAUGAGAAUGCCAUUCUCAUGAGCUACAAAUCCAUGUUGUACAUACUUCGCAACCCACCUAAGCAUUUUGAGGCACUUGUGGAGGAGCAUUUCAGCAAACGAUGUGGGCGGAUCUUGAUGGGUUGUAAAGCCUAUCUUGAAGGGGUUCCGGUAGGAGGCGAAAAUGUUGAGGCCGAAGGGCAAAAUGGUAAUUCUACGGGAUUCAAGAUCAUGCUCUCAAAACUUGUCCCUAAGCUCGUGGAAGCAUUUACCGCAAAAGGGUUUGAUUGUGGUGAAUGUAGUAAGAUGGAAUUGUAAGUCAUCAUCAAAU